UGUUGCUGAUUUGAUCUUUCUGGCCGGAGUCUCCAUCCCGCACCGGGCUGCUGAGUCCGAGAGUCAAAUCUACUGCAGGGAGCCGCUGCUGGACCGACCCGACCCGAACCCCCCCGAACCGGCUCCAGCAGAGCGGGAGAGGCCGUCCCGGCAGAGAGCCCCCCUCCCCGGGUCUGUGCGCUCCAGUCCCGGUCUGUGCGCUCUUCUGCGGGUCUGCGCGCUCCUCCGGGUCUGUGCGCUUCUCACCGGGUCUGCCCGCUCCAAUCCCGGUCUGCGCGCGCUCCUCCGGGUCUCUGCGCUCUGCUCCGGGUCCGCCCGGUGUGGACCCCCACCCGGAUGGAGCCUCUCCCCCCCGCCCGGCUGCUGCUGGUCCUGUUGCUCGUGCUUUACUCCACCGGCCCGGCGCGCGCUGAGAAGAUUUGUCACUGCAGCGGGAAGUCUCUGUGUCACUGCCACGGCGUCAAAGGACAGAAGGGUGAACCCGGUUUCCCCGGAUACAGCGGCCUUCCAGGAGUCGUCGGUUACCCUGGCAACGAAGGCCAUCAGGGACCACCUGGAGAAAAGGGUGACCAAGGGGAUGCUGGGAGUUCAGGACUGAAAGGCUCUCGGGGUCUCCCCGGAAAAUCAGGUUUCCCAGGACCUCCAGGACUGCCGGGACUUCCAGGACAUGAAGGAUCAAUCGGCCCACCAGGUUUCCCAGGAUGCAAUGGGACAAAGGGGGACGUUGGUUACCCAGGAUUCCCUGGGCCUCCCGGACCUGCCGGCCUGCUGGGGAUCCAGGGGCCGCCCGGACCACAGGGGGACGCCGUCGUCCUCGCCCCCAAUACGGAGGUGAAAGGAGCCACAGGACCUCCAGGACCAGCUGGAGAAAAGGGCCUGGAAGGGAAUCCAGGAGAUCCCGGUCAGAUGGGACCAACAGGACCUGCUGGACUCCCUGGGCGGCCGGGGUUGCCGGGGUUACAGGGGGAGAAGGGUCAGGAAGGCCCCAGUCCAGUGAUAGUGGUCCCGGGUCCUCGAGGACAGAAGGGUGAUCGAGGACCUCCGGGGAUCCCGGGUCAGAAAGGAAUCAAACUCUACGCUGAAGGACCAAAGGAGCUGAAGGGAGAACCCGGUCUUCCCGGCCUGAAGGGAUGUCUCGGGAACCCUGGCAUACCUGGAAAACCGGGCGCUAAAGGACAGAAGGGAGACCCAGGCGAGGCUGGAUCUCUGGGGAAGCCGGGGAAGGGCGGAUUACCCGGGGAGCUGGGACAGCCGGGAGACCCCGGUGACCGUGGUUACCUGGGCCCGCCGGGCAUCGACGGAGCCAGGGGGGAUCCGGGUGACCCAGGUCCUCCAGGAGCUCCAGGAGAGACGCUCCGGAACGACAUACUUGUGAAGGGCCGGCGUGGCGAACCCGGGCCCCCCGGGCCCCCCGGAACCCCUGGACAGCAAGGAAUCAUCGGUUUUCCAGGACUGCAGGGUCCACCAGGUGUUGGAUCUCCGGAUACACCAGGUCCCCGGGGACCACCUGGUUUCCCCGGAGCCAAAGGUGAUCCAGGAGAGCCGGGGCCUCUUCUCAUCGGGCCCCCGGGACAGACCGGCUUCCCUGGGAUUCCUGGACCUGAAGGAGAACCAGGAGAUCCCGGGAUCCCAGUUUUCCAGGCAGGCGGAGCCGGACCUACAGGAGCAAAAGGGUCGAAGGGAAUGAAGGGGCUCCCAGGGGCCCGAGGGGAGGACGGACGGACAGGUGAGAAGGGGAACACCUGUUUUGUCUGCCCGCCUUUUGGGGACUCCCCUGGACCUCCAGGAAAACCCGGAGAGCCUGGUGAAAUGGGGCCACCAGGUCCCAUCGGGUUUCCAGGACUUAAAGGUCACAAAGGGGUCAAAGGGAUGCGAGGAACUCCGGGUUCUCCGGGCUCCUUUGGCAUCCCCGGUCCCCCAGGACCCCCGGGGCCCCCAGGUGAUCCAGGCAUCAUGCAGAGAGUCGGGCAGAAAGGGGAGGACGGCGCCGCGGGACCACCGGGACCAGAGGGAGGCCAGGGGACAAACGCACCUCCAGGAAGACCAGGACUCAGAGGUGUCCCGGGACAGAAGGGAAACCCGGGACCCCCAGGGCAGAAAGGGGACAAGGGCGCACCUGGAGCAGCGGGUCCCAGAGGACUGGUCGGACAGUCAGGUCCUGCAGGGCCUCCUGGGAUCGGGGCACCGGGGCCCGCAGGACCCAAGGGAAACAUGGGCUUUCUAGGAGAGCCGGGAGCGCCUGGAGCACCUGGUGAAAAGGGGUCAGCCGGUGAAGUGAGCACCUACCCAGGUGAUCCAGGACAAAAGGGAGCCAAAGGUGUCUCUGGAAAUCCUGGACCUGAAGGUGGGACUGGACCUCCAGGCACUCCCGGGUUCGUCGGCCCAAAAGGAGAAAAAGGCGAUAAAGGAUAUUCUCUGAAAGGGCCUCCGGGCUUUCCAGGGGUCAAAGGAGUGAAAGGUGCUAAAGGAGUGAAGGGUCUCCCAAGUCUGGGCAUCAAGGGACGAGCGGGGCCAUCGGGCCCCCCGGGGAUGCCCGGCCCCAAGGGGGACAGUGGGUUCGGGUUCCCGGGCCGGCAGGGUCAGUCCGGUCCUCAAGGGGAUGAUGGUUCCGUGGGUCCCCGAGGAGACCCGGGGCUUCCAGGACCAGAUGGAACUCCUGGAUCCCGGGGAUUAGAUGGACUGCCAGGACCAAAAGGCAGCAGAGGUCUGGAUGGACGACCGGGUUCUGCUGGUCUUACUGGACUCUGUUUACCUGGAGGUCCAGGACCUGAAGGAGGGCAAGGCCCACCCGGUGUCAUCGGAUUCACAGGGAUCCGGGGCCUGAAGGGGGAGCCAGGAGAUCCCGGACUGCCAGGUGUAGGAGCUCCUGGACCUCCGGGACCGUACGGGAAUCCAGGGUUUAACGGACCUCCGGGGUUACAGGGAGAACCUGGACGAAGAGGUCUUGAGGGAACCAACGGGAAACCGGGGAGUCCAGGGAUCCGAGGGAACCCGGGUCCUCCGGGAUCCUGUGGGAGUAAAGGAGGCGACGGGAAGCCUGGAGAGACCGGAGCUCCAGGACCACGAGGUGAGAAGGGUGCUGACGGGGUGCGAGGCCCUCAGGGGCCACCGGGCCCUCAGGGAGACCGCGGAGAGCCUGGACCAGCAGGGACCGACAGGAACAUCGUGACAUACGGAGACCCGGGAGAUCCUGGAUUUCCUGGACCCACAGGUCUGACUGGAGAUAAAGGAAACAGGGGCCCUUCGGGGCCUCGGGGCCCAGACGGCGCUAACGGGAGACCGGGUUCUGCUGGAGCUCAGGGUCUGCCUGGAGACCCAGGCAGGGAUGGUAGGACAGGUCCUCCUGGUCCCGGUGGACCCCAAGGAACUCCAGGAGACCUGGGAAGGCCGGGUUCUAAAGGCCUAAAAGGAUGUCCAGGAGCGUGUGGAAAACCUGGAGAAGAUGGAAAACCUGGACCAGAGGGACCGAAAGGGGUGAAAGGAGAACCGAGUCCCUCUGGACCAGGACCUAGAGGAUGUCCAGGACCGAAGGGAGAACCCGGGCCUCUGGGACCUCCAGGGUCCAUGGGAGAACCGGGGCCCUGUGGAAGCAUGGGCCCUCCCGGAGGAUGUGGCCCCUGUGGCCCCAAAGGGUCAAGUGGUCCCCCAGGAUGCCGGGGUCCUCCGGGGUCUCCGGGUCUGAAGGGAUGUGACGGACCGCCAGGGAGGAGUGGUCCUCCGGGACCCGCUGGACUCACAGGGAACAAGGGGGCUCCUGGAGAUCCUGGUCCAGCCGGACCCCGAGGGAACCAGGGCCAGGAUGGGAUCCCCGGCCCUCCUGGAGAGAAAGGAGCCAUGGGGGCUCCCGGGACCGGACCCCGAGGACCCGAGGGAAGGAAAGGAGCAGCAGGGACUGCUGGAGAUCCAGGAGGUCCGGGCCCCUGUGGCCCCCCUGGUCCGUGUGGUGCUUCAGGACAGCCAGGGACCCCUGGUCCACCUGGACCUCCGGGGCCUCCUGGGUACCCUGGAAGGAAGGGGGUCUGCUUGGAGGGACUCAAGGGGGACCAGGGACCAAAUGGAGCACAAGGACCCAAAGGUCCUCCUGGCUCUCAGGGUCCUCCUGGUCCUCCUGGUCCGGGAUUUAAAGGAGACAAAGGGUGUAAAGGAGCAGGAGGUCCCUCAGGACCUCCUGGUCCUCCUGGUGAGACUGGACCCCCAGGCAGACCGGGCCGAGAUGGACCCCCGGGCCCCCCGGGCCCCAAAGGCCAGAUGGGGGACCUUGGAACUCCAGGACCAGUUGGUCUGAAGGGGGACGGCGGACCCCCGGGGUCCUGUGGCCCUCAGGGUUCUCCGGGACCGGCAGGAAGACGAGGCCCCCGAGGGAAGGACGCCACCAGGGGGGUCAUCCUGGAGCCCGGGGACAAAGGCUACCCCGGGUAUCAGGGGCUCCCGGGAGAAAGAGGGCCGCCAGGGUCCUGUGGGAAGCCAGGUCCUCAGGGUGUGAAGGGCGUCGCCGGGGCACCGGGUCCUCCUGGACCCUGUGGUAGAGCGGGAGUGAAGGGCGAGCGAGGAGAGCUGGGGCUCGUCGGGCCCCGAGGAGCCGACGGGUCCCGCGGGCCGGUCGGACUCAAGGGGCCCCGCGGUGUCCCGGGGGGGUACGAUGGCGGCGGCGGCGAGAAAAACGGCUUCCUGUUCACCAAGCACAGCCAGGAGCUGCAGGUCCCAGCAUGCCCUGCAGGCUCCGCCUUCCUCUACAGCGGAUACUCGCUGCUCUUCAUCAACGGCAACAACCGCGCGCACGGACAGGACCUGGGCACACUGGGCAGUUGUCUGCCCCGCUUCUCCACCAUGCCGUUCCUCUUCUGUAACACCGACAGCACCUGCCGCUAUGCCUCCCGCAACGACUACUCCUAUUGGCUGUCGACCAACGAGCCGCUCCCGGGGAGUCUGCCCUUCAUCUCCGAGGAGACGCUGAAGAACCACAUCAGCCGCUGCUCGGUGUGUGAGGCCCGAGCCAACGUCAUCGCCGUCCACAGCCAGACGCGUUCGAUCCCGGAGUGUCCGUCGGGGUGGGACUCGCUGUGGUCCGGCUUCUCCUUCGUCAUGGAAACGGGAGUGGGAGCGGAGGGCUCUGGUCAGCCGCUGGCCUCCCCGGGAUCCUGUCUGGAAAACUUCCGGAAGAUUCCCUUCAUCGAGUGUCACGGAAGAGGAACCUGCAACUACUACACCGACUCCUACAGCUACUGGCUCGCCGCACUCAACCCCAGAGACAUGUUCAGUAAACCCAGGCCUCGGACGGACACGGGGAACUUUCCAGGAGACCUGAUCAGCCGAUGCAGAGUGUGCAUGAAACAGCUGUGAGCACCAGCAGCGCUGCUACAAGUCUGACUGCUACUGAUACUACUGAUACUACUGAUACUACUGGUACUGCUGGUACUGCUGGUACUACUGGCACUACUGGUACUUCACUAAUAGUGGUGCUUCCGGCACUACUGGUACUUCACUAAUAGUGAUGCUUCCGGCGCUACUGGUGCAUUUCUGUAAAUAUUGUUGGUGCUAACAUUUUGACCUCCCACACUGUGAAUCCUCCUGCUGUGUUCUCACUGAUUUUGACCACCCAGUGUGUUUUUUCUCUGUUCUACAUUACCCAUGAGCCUUUGCUGCUCUCCCCAUUGAAAAUGCUUCUUGUAUUCUUUUCUACUAAUAUGUAUCACCAGAUCCAACUCAAUGUAAAGUCCAUGGAAGAAUCUACAGCUGUGGCCAGAAGUUUACAGACACUUGUAGAGAACAUGUCUCGGCUCUCUCGGGCCCCCAGUUAUUUCUGCAACUCUGAUUUUUCUUUGACAGGAUGAUUGGAACAGAUACCUCUUUAUUAGAAAAAAUACUCAUGAGGUUUGGUUCUUCUAUAACUUUAUUAGGGGUUGACAAAUCUUCCGGGUCAAAAAUAUCCAUACAGCAAUGCUAAUAUUUGGUUACGUGUCCCUUGGCCCCUUUCACUUCAAUUAGGCGCCUUUGGUCGCCAAACACAAGCUUCUGGAAAGCUUCAGGUUGAACCUUUGACCAGUCCUCUUGACAGAAUCGAUGCACUUCAGUUAAAUUCGUUGGCUUACAGGAGGGGUGUUAUGUAAAAUCCACUUUUUGAGCUUUGUGUAAUGCUAUAGUGUCAUUUCUCCAUUAAAAAGACACAUGGAGUUGUUUCCUGAACCAUUCAUGCAUAUUUGAGCAAUUCCUGAAUCUUCCCCUGGCAGCCAUGUUGACCGCUGAAAUGCUCGGCUCUGCACAGCUCCGCCCAUAAUGCACAGCUCCGCCCCAUCUCCCCUCCCCCCUUCACUCUUGGAGAAUGCACGUGGAGAUGGACGCUCUGAGGGGGGCGUGUCGCUAAGCUGAGGAGAUUCUUAAAGAGACAGGGACUCAUUUCCAGCCGUUUGAGGCAGCCUGAUGCAGAGGCACAUUUGAUUUAAGUUGUUUUUGACACAUGCAGCUUUCACCGUCCAGCUUUGGGCAAAGCUGUUGCUUGAGUGUGCUGUAGAUUGAUACUAAAGGGCAGUGCUUAAUUUGACAGUGCUGAAAAAAAAAAGAAAGAAAGUGCUGAAAACAGCAUGCAAAUGCCCACAUACCAUGCUGUGGGACUUACAAGCCUAAAUUUCAAAUAGCA